GAGCAUGGCCACCAAAACCAUAUCGAUGUCAGCCCAUGAGAGAUUGCUCAACCAUAGCCGGAGAGGUCCCUCCGGAAAACAGAGUCAUCGUAACGGGAGUCCUCCGGAAAGUCUAGCCGAUUAGCGAAGCUACCUUCCCGAAAUCAAUCUCAAUCUAGGUUUGAUCUCAUCCAUGUUUUUAGCACGAUGAAUCCAACACCAGUCAAAGAGCGUUCUGGUAAUCGCCGAUUACACACGAGCAUAGUUGGGACUGGUAUUGUCAUGGGCGACUGUGUUGGCUUCCUUCCAAACAGUUAUUCCAGGGAGCGUCGUUCUGAACUUACUCGAUUCUUAAUCGAGUUAGGGUUAUGGGAAAGGUCCCAUUCAAUGAUGUGUUAUCCGAUCAAAAGGGCUAAAAGCUUGCAAUGGUGAAAAAGAUUGUUUGAGCAGAGAAGGAGUGCUUAGAGUCAGCUUGGGAUGUUUCACGUUUUAUUUGAUAAUGUUUGCAUCGACGGUGGGCACUUCAGAGAGGGAAGGGCGUAGAGAAAAGUGGCACUGUGGGUGGUGGGGUCCUAAGACGGCGAUGAUGUUUUCCCUCGUUUUCUUCCCAUUUGCUUUCCCUUCUAAACUGAUUUCUAUCUACGGUAAAAUUUCAAUAGGUGGAGCUGGGUAUGUACAUUGCUUAAAAAAACAAAGAGUCAAUUAUAUUACAUUUAGUGUGCAAAUUGAAAGAUCUGGGAGAUUCAAUGCAAGAGGCAAAACUAUUAUGGUCUAUAUAUAUAUAUUUGUUUGUUUGUUUGUUUGAAUUUACAGGGUGUUUUUACUAAUCAGCAUGGCCUCUUUCAUCAUUUGGAUACAAAAGAGGUGCUACUCCGAAAAAUCAAAGUUGAGCAACUCAAAAUUUAGGAGGGCGGUUGCAGGAAUUUUGCACUUUUUAUGCAUUGUGGGCAUUUUCAUUUUGUACGUCUGGUACGCGCCACACGCGUCUUGCUUGCUUAACAUUUCCAUCAUCAGUGGAACAAUAAUACUCUACCUCAUUAUGAGUGGUGCUUCCUUUCUUCGUAGUGUGAAUGGUGGUUUUCUAUCUUCUGGUAUAAUGGGAAUUUAUGUUAUAUACAUUUGUUGGUGUGCACUCAAAAGUGAACCUCAAGAAACAUGCAUGCGAGAGGGAGGAUCCUCUAAAGAAGAUGUGUUCACCAUCAUAAGUUUUUUUGCGGGUUUGAUAACAAUGGUGGUUGUGACGUUUACAACCGGCAUCGAUUCUAAAUGUUUUAUGACCGCGUUGAAAAGGGAGGAUGAAGAUGAUGAAGUUCCAUAUGGAUAUGGAUUCUUUCACUUUGUUUUUGCCACAGCAUCCAUGUAUUCUGCUAUGGUUCUAGUCGCAUGGGAUACCAACCACCAUAUGCAAAAGUUUACAAUUGAUAUCGGGUGGACUAGUACUAUUGUGAGGAUAGUAAAUGAGAUUGUAGCAGUCAUCAUUUAUGGACUGGUCCUGAUGAUUAAUAAACACGAGUGAUUUGCAUAUAUGGCUGAUGUACUCCGUAAUACAUUUAAAUCUUACGAGAAAGAUCGAGUGUUGUUCGUACGUGUUCUACAAUUAGUAAACUAAACUUGGUGAUGAAUUAAUAUGCUUGUGAUAGAGUUCAUUUCUUUUUAAAUUCAUUUUAUUUAACUUGCAAAUGCAAAAGAAAAAAAAAUUAGAAAAAGGGGUGCCCGAAAAUUUUGGACCAAUCAUGACGGUGAGUGGGAGCGAAAUGUAUGCCAACAUAAAGGAAGGAUCUUGGUUCACCCAAUUUGGGAAUGGAUGCAAUCCAUGGAUGGCCCGAUAUGUUUACGGAUCAUUUUUCCUCAUAGCAAAUUUACUGGCGUGGGCGGUCCGGGACUAUGGAUACACCACUUUCAAAUCAAUGCAAAGUCGAUCAACUGGCCCCUUCCGGUCAGGGUCUGAGCCCACCCAGUCCGCCUCAGCCAUCAUCGGCGGCCGUAAUUGGCCAGAAACGGCAUCAGCUGAGGAAACAGUUCUCUCAUCCGCCCCCAUGUUAUGGGGCCUUAGGGUUGAGUUGGAGGAGAGCAUCAUGGGUGGGGGCCGGGGUGUUACAAUGGUUCCAUGCCAUUGUCAGAUUUUGGACCAAGGGUUUGCUGAUGGUACUGAUAUGGUCGGCCCUACUGCCAUUGAAGUUCGACGACCCAGUCUGCAGCCCCUUUCAGAUUAAAGUAUUAACUUGGUAAUCGUAAAAAUUUAAAACAUUUCAAACACUUUUAUUUAUCACAAUAAUAUUUUUCAUAAUAUAGACAGUACGGAGUUUUCAAUAUUGCGGAAGCUUAACAAUCAUAAUCACAAACAUAAUUUAUUUAUGUUCUUUAAUUCAAAACCAUCACAUCCAUUCCGACAAUCUCGCCUCCGUCUGCCUCCAGGAUCACGUCACUUCAUUAACCUGCGUGUAGCAAAUAAAACAUAUUACACGCU